CGGUGAGGAUUAAGACCUAAACCAAAAACUUAGCUUGGUGAUAUGCUGCUGGAAGAAAAGGUGUUGUAAACACUUUCCACCACAGUUACAGCCAUGUUUUUUCAAGCAGUUGAAAAGCUUAAUUUAUCCUUUUUUUUCCUCAUCUGAGCUAUUAUGUUGCAGUUUAACAGGAAAAUAAGUGUUUCUCGUGGAACAAGGUCAGGUUAUGGUCACUCCACACCAGCCACGUGGGGAGGAAAGACAUUCUGUAUGUUCUACGCCUUAGCAGGAAUCCCAUUAGGCCUAGUGAUGUUCCAGAGUAUUGGCGAACGGCUCAACACCUUCGUGGCAUACUUACUUAAGACUGCAAAACGGUGCCUCAAGAUGAAGAACACGGAGGUCACAGAGACCAACCUCAUCUGUCUAGUGUCCAUUCUGUCUACCUUAUUGAUGACCACUGGGGCUGCGGUGUUUUCCCGCUAUGAAUACUGGAAUUAUUUUGAUGCCUUUUACUAUUGUUUUAUCACUCUAACAACGAUAGGCUUUGGGGACUAUGUGGCUCUACAAAAAGAGAGCGCCCUCCAGAGCAAACCCGAGUACGUGGCCUUUAGUUUAGUGUUUAUUCUGUUCGGCUUGUCCGUCGUGUCCGCUGCAAUGAAUCUCCUGGUGUUGCGGUUCCUCACCAUGAACACCGAGGACGAGCGUAGAGACGAGGUAGAAGCACAGACGGCAGCACAACAAGCAGUUCGCCUUGAAGGUGACGUCAUUACCGCUAACGGAAGUGUCAUUUCCUGUCAUGGGCCUGAUGCAUCCGAGUUUGAAGACGUUUCUUCCGUUUGUUCCUGUACGUGUUACUCAAGAAAGAGGACCUCAAAGCACAAACAUUCCCUGUUGCCAUCUAGCAACAAGAACAACAUAUAUUUAUUCCCGUGUAAUGACUCACAAUCCAGGGAAGACAGUAUACACGGUAGUCUAUUUUAUCCUCUUGAAGUAGAAGAUAAUAAACGAGCCUCUAUAUAACGGAGAGGUUAUUAUCAAAACUACAGAAA